AAGGUCGCGUUGGAGGCACGCACUUCUCACAAUCUGGUGGAGGUGCUAAUUACGUCUGUCUUACUGARAACCCUAGAUAUUCAAGCUACAAAAGUGGCAUCCAAGGUUUAGGAUACAUGUACGGCGCGGAAUAUGAGCUGAGCUCCUUCAACCCACUGAACAAAAARAACUUGCACCACCACGAUGCUACUUGUGCCAUUUGCCGCGUCCAGACCCGAAGYACAAAGUUAAUGGUCCCGGGAACUUACUCGUGUCCCGCGGGAUGGACAAGAGAAUAUUGGGGAUACUUGAUGAGUGAAAAGUACAACCAAGCACAUUCCACAGAGUAUGUCUGUGUCGACAAGAAUGCGGAGUACGUCCCAGGAAGCAGUACAGGCCGUCAUGGCACCCUGUUGUACCCAGUUGAAGGAGUUUGUGGUUCGUUGCCGUGUGGUCCCUAUGUCCAUGGUCAAGAGCUGACAUGCGCAGUGUGUACCAAGUAAACCACAAGCCAAAGAUGGAUCCUCCCAUAUUGAUAAGCAAUCUAAGUAUAGGAAACUGAAAUUGUCACUUUUAGGGUGGUUACUAUGUAACGUUAAUGAAGUUAAAUAAUGGAGUAUUCGGGUAAAAGGUAAAAACAUAAUGUAAAUGUAAGAGCGAAGAUUUUAUUGUAGAUUAAAGAUAAGAGAUAAAGGGCAUUAAAGAAUGUGCAUCAAA